ACUCCUUCUAUCCUCCCCACCGCCCUAUCCCUCGUCAGAACUUCGUCUCCUCGACCCAUUUUCUGACACCUCACCCUCCCUCCUUCAGCCAACCCCCCCGCUUCCCUUCUCCGUUUCUCUGAAAGAUCACUGCUUCCUCGCUUCUUGUAAGGAGAGCACCAAUGAGAAUGUACAAGGACCAAGUGGAACAGCUUGUUACAAUGCAAUCGGAGGAACAACUUGAUUUCGGAUCUCUCAGCCUUGACGAGUGCGAUCUUCCACACGACACCUCCACAGACAGCUCCGUGCUUUUUGUAAAUUUGCGAGAGCAUCACUUAACGAACCGGAGAAGCCCUGGGCCUUGUGACUUGUAUUGCGAAACCGAAACGGAAUUCUGGCAAGGGCCAUGCAAAGAGAAGCAACUCAGGGCGUUGAAGUACUGCAUUGAGUUGUUGAGCAGGUCUGAAAGGCCAGAGAUAACAUCAGCUACAGGAGACAUCCUUCGGCUGUGAUUGGGUGGGACAUAAUUGGCCACGACUGAAUUUCUGUUGUUUUGUACUAUGUUUCUGUUUGUCUAUAUGAAAUCCCUUUGAACAUAAAA